CAGACUGCGACGUACUGUACGUCUCAGUCAUUCACACUUCACUCGUGAUUGUAAUCAAUGUUUUGGUGUUUUGUUUCGUCCAAAACAUUGGCUGAGAAAGAGAUGUGAGAAGUGUUGCGGACGACAGUUAAGUAUCGGUUGUUGUGGCGGACGAUGACCUCAAGCACGUGGACUCAAACCAUCGAAAUCGGUACCAAACGGCUGUCAAAGAGUCAGAAACGCUUUCAAACCAUGAAUUUGAAUAAAUGUGUUAAAAAUCACUUCAAUUCAAGCAAUGGUAACACCAAUGGAAUAUUCAAAGUGAACGUCAAUAUAGAAGACGAGUCAUUGAUAAACAAAAAACUACCAAAAGAGCUGUUAUUGCGGAUCUUCUCCUACUUGGAUGUGGUCUCUCUGUGCCGUUGCGCUCAAGUCUCAAAGAGUUGGAAUGUGUUGGCAUUGGACGGAAGCAAUUGGCAAAGAGUCGAUUUGUUUGACUUCCAGACCGACAUCGAGGGACCGGUGGUGGAGAAUAUAUCGCGCCGUUGCGGCGGUUUUCUCAAACGGCUGAGUCUUAGGGGCUGUAAGAGUGUGACUGACGGCGCUCUGCGAACCUUUGCUCAAAACUGCAAUAACAUCGAAGAACUCAAUCUCAAUGACUGCAAAAAACUAACCGAUAUAACGUGUCAGAAUCUGAGCGUCCAGUGCUCUAAGUUAUUGCACUUAAAUCUUGGCUCUUGUAGUGAAAUCACUGACCUCUCACUCAAAGCUCUCGGUGAGGGGUGCAUCGGUUUAGAGCACAUCAACCUCUCGUGGUGUGAACAGGUGACCAAAUAUGGCAUCCAACAGAUGGCCGGCGGCUGUACCAGAAUUAGUGCCUUUAUUAGUAAAAUGUGUCCUCUGGUGAACGACGAGGCAGUGAUAGCAUUGGCCAACAAUUGUCAUAACUUACGAUUGCUUAACCUUCACGGCUGUUCCGCCAUCAGUGAUGACAGCAUUCAGAGGAUCGCACAAAACUGUCCAAAUAUGCAUUACUUAUGUGUUUCCAACUGUUCUAACCUAACGGAUGCCUCAUUGAUAGCGUUAGGACAGGGAUGUCAUGCACUUAAGAUUCUGGAAGUGUCCGGUUGUAAUCAGUUCACAGACACUGGCUUUCAGUCUUUGACCCGAAAUUGUCACUCAAUCGAAAAGUUAGAUCUCGAAGAAUGUGUUCUCAUCACUGAUUCGACUCUAUCUUACUUAUCGGUCGGCUGUCCUCUACUCGAGAAAUUGAGCCUCUCUCACUGCGAACUCAUCACUGAUGAGGGGAUCAGGCAUUUAGGCACCAGUGCCUGCUCUUCACAGCACUUAUCUGUAUUGGAAUUGGAUAACUGCCCCUUAAUUACAGACACAUCACUCGAUCAUCUGAUUACUUGUCAUAGUCUGCAACGAAUUGAGUUAUACGACUGUCAACUCAUCACCAGAGCUGGCAUUAGAAGACUAAGAAACCACUUGCCUGACCUCAAAGUCCACGCCUACUUCGCACCGGUCACUCCACCUCCGUCUGUGACCCCCCGGCCGCGAUACUGUCGGUGUUGUGUUAUUUUAUGA